CCUAGCGCUCCUCUCUGUUGCCGCGUGGCACAUAAACCCAUCAUAAUAAAACAAAAAACGAGUGAGGCUGCUCUCACUCACCGAGAAAUCAUCGCAGACGAAAAUGGAGACCGCAGAAUCACCGCCGACGGAUCUCGCUCCUCUCCUCGAAGCCGCCUCCGACUUCGCCUCGUAUCCUGGUUUGCUAACCGAUGAUGCGGCUAAGGAGUUUCUCGAUCGCUUCCCCCUUACUUUCCUCUUCAGUGUGUUACAAAGUUGGGUGGACAGACCUGGGGCAGAAGCUACUGUUGUUGCAUGUUUAGAUAGAUUAUUCAGAACAAAAUAUGGUGCCUCUCUCCUGCUGCAGUAUACUUCCUUUCUCCAGGCUGGUCUGCGAGCUAAUUCACAUACUCUCAGAUGUUUGGCUUGUAAAUCUGUUUCUUAUAUUCUCGAGAAUGCUGAAGAUAGAGGAACUAUUGUGAAGACCAUUGUUGGAUUUGACAUAUAUUCACUUCUAGUUGAUUGCCUAAUUGAAGGCAAUGAAGAAACUUCAGCAGCAGCUUUGGGUGCCAUAAAGAAUAUUGUCCAAUCUCCUGAAGGAAUUGAUGUCAUCUUUCCGGCAAGCACUCAAGAAUCUGUUCAUCUUGAACAUGUAGCAUCUCGUUGCUCUUCUUUGGGACGAAUUCGAGUUUUGGCGUUGAUUAAAGAAUUGUUUUCACUUUCUAGUUCGGUUGCAUCAGCAGUGCACAAAGCAAACUUGCUGAAAUUAUUUGAGGCAGAGAUCAACAACAGAGAUGAUAUGCUCACUACUUUAAGUGCUCUCGAGCUCUUAUAUGAGUUGGUGGAAUCUCCUCAUAGCUCAAGGUUCUUAUCAAAGGUCACCUUGCUUCAUAUAUUGGCUGAUAUGAUAAGUGAUGCUGGAAUAGAUUCGGUUUUACGAUCAAGAGCAUGUCUGAUAAGUGGAAGGCUUCUUUCUUUAGCUGAUGCUCACGAGGAGCUUGACGAGUCAACAGUUACCUCUCUUCUUUUGGCUAUUGAUGGAAGACUGAAGUUGCUAGAAGGUCAAGAUUCAGAUGAAUAUGAGAGUGCAAUUGAAGCUUUAGGCCAAAUUGGGGCAUCUAGUCAAGGAGCUAUUUUAUUGCUUACGAGUUCAUCUCCUGUCGCAAGGCAUGUGUUUCAAGCAGUGUUUGGCCACCAGAGUAGAGGCAAACAGCUGGCUGCUUUGCAUGCCCUUGGAGACAUAUGUGGAGCGAGCCGACCUGGAGACAGGAUGUUGCUUAAUAACGCUGCAGAGAAGUGCCUUAGGCAGUUAUUUUAUGCCGCAGCUGCAAAUAGUCCAAAGAUGACACCAUCUGGUUUGCUUCUGUGGGUGCUGCAACAGGAACCGGAAAAACGACAAGCUGGUUACAGAUUGAUAUCUGCACUAGUAGCUCGUCCUUGGGGCUUGAUGGAGGUUUGCUCAAAGCAGGAAAUCAUAACAAUCGUUACAGAUGCAAACAUUGAGGACACAAAAUUUGGCAUGGAGGCGCGCUUUAAUUGUUGUGCAGCCAUUAACAAUGCUUUAUCAGCUUCGAAUAUGCUUCAUGAUGCCAGCAUAGCUGAAGUAGCUGCAAAGUUGCAGGAUGCUGUUAGAAGAGGUCCCUAUCUCGCUAAGAAGCGCAUCGAAGCGCAGCCUGUCGUGGUAACUGCUGAUAGAUUCUGAUGGUGUUUGAUUUCGCUUGUGUUAGGUUUUUUUUUCCUCCCAUCCUUCGUCGUGUAAUGUUUAGAGGAAUAGGAAUUUGAAAUCGAGAUGUCAUGCAAGAAUGUAAUGUGAAAAUCUCUCUUAACAGCAAUUAUAGAUGAUGAAAAUUUCAGUGUCUAGACCAUAUAUAUCAUAAUUUCACUAUUUAUAUCCGUGCGUGUGUUUUGACAAAUAAAUACACAUCAAAUAAGCGUUAUAUUA